UCGCUGCUGAUCGCUGUCACACAGGAGACUGCCACAUCCUUUAAGUCCUUGCUUUCCGACAGCGUGAUUUAGGUUGUAUUUAACUGGUUGAAAACGUCACUACUUUUAAAUUGCAGCUAAAUGUUGAUAACUGAACCAGCGUUGUUUCCCACACGUGACAUGAGUAAAGAAGCACGAUUUGUGUCUUAAUUUAUUUGCUAAAUGUUGACAGCGAUUAUGUAGUGAAAACGAUUAUUAGUUACCGGGUUCAGCCAACGAAGCAACCUCCGUAGUUUUCUUGCCUGAAUUGAUGUCUGUGAGGAUUUUUUCUUUUACACAUUGCUCCAGGUUAUCAUAUGCAUACACUUCAGUUUAUGGAUCAGAUUUGGUCUGAUAUUCGUGCCGUUUUGCCCUCGACUGAGACUGAGUUUUCAUUAGAGUUUAGUGAUAAGGUUGAACCAAGUUUGUUGGAGAUCCUAAAACAGGCCAGACAGCAGCUUUACGCUUCAGCAGAUCAGUCAUUAUGUCUUGAGAGGGCCCAAAUCAUUUUGGAUUUCUCCUGGGAGAAGCUAAACACAGGUACCUGGCGAGACGUCGACAAAGAGUGGAGACGAGUUUACUCGUACGGUUGCCUGUUCAAAGCAGUGAGUCUGUGUCACGGAGAUGCGCGGGAGGCUAGAGUCCAAGAGGCCAUAAAAGCCUGCGACAUGGGCCUGUUAAUGGGAGCUGCUAUUAUGGACGAUGUUCUGCAAAAGCUUGUGAGGACUCUGAAAACUAAUUUGAAGACAAAAGACUCUCAUGCACUAGUUCUAAGUGAUCAACCAAGUGUAAAGAGAGUGAAGAGAGACUGUGUGUCCGUACCCAAAAUAGUCCCAGCAACAGCAGUUCCACGAAUACGGUGUCCAUCGUUAGAGAGUUUUAGGUCGGAUUUUCUGGUUCCCCAAAAACCUGUUGUAUUAGAGGGGAUCAUUGACCACUGGCCUGCCUUUAAAGAGCAUCCAUGGAGCAUAGACUACUUGCGUAGUGUAGCUGGUUGCCGUACCGUUCCUGUUGAGAUUGGAUCCAAGUACACUGAUGAGGAAUGGGGACAGAGACUCCUGACAGUAAAUGAAUUCAUAGACCACUACAUUCUUGGCAAAGGAGCAGGUGGUAUUGGAUAUUUGGCUCAACAUCAGCUGUUUGAUCAGGUCCCAGAGUUAAAAGAAGACAUCCGUAUCCCUGACUACUGUUGUCUUGGUGAAGGAGAUGAAGGUGAUAUCACCAUAAAUGCUUGGUUCGGACCUGGGGGUACCAUUUCUCCUCUUCACCAGGAUCCCCAACAGAACUUUUUGUCACAAGUGGUUGGGACAAAGUAUAUUCGUCUGUAUAGCCCAGAGGAGACAAAAUAUGUUUAUCCCCACCAAUCUCAGCUUCUACACAACACCAGUCAGGUGGAGGUGGAGGAUCCAGACAUGGAGCGAUUCCCAGAUUUCCUAAAAGCUUCCUUUCAGGAUUGUGUACUUCAGCCUGGAGACGUUCUGUUCAUCCCUGUUAAAUACUGGCAUUAUGUACGCUCUCUGGAGCUCAGUUUUUCUGUUAGUUUUUGGUGGACGUGACCAUGGAACCACUCCCUACAGAGAGAAAAGUCAGAUGGUUGGUUCUGUUUUAGAGGGAAAUUCCUCUUCAGUAUUAUCAACCGAAAAAGUGAGGGGGGGUAAAUUCCUCGAGACCAAAGAUGGUGUUGUAUGUUUUUAAGAAUGUUUUAAGCAUAAACAAAUCAGCUAUCAACCCACCAACAAUCCACCAUUUUACCAAAGAAUUUCUGA